CCUGCGGGCGGCCGCUGAGCCGCGCACCCAUGGACGGUCCGGCCAUCAUCACCCAGGUGACCAACCCCAAAGAGGACAAGGGCCGAACGCCGGGAUCCAGCGAGAAAGCCUCGCAGUGCAACGUCAGCUUGAAGAAGCAGAGAAGCCGCAGCAUCCUUAGCUCCUUCUUCUGCUGCUUCCGGGGUUACAAUGUGGAGCCCCCUGCGCCCAGCAGCCCCAGUGCGCGCCCGCCGCUGGUGGAGGAGAACGGCGGGCUUCAGAAGGGUGACCAGAGGCAGAUCAUCCCCAUACCAAGUCCACCAGCUAAAUACCUCCUUCCAGAGGUGACGGUGCUUGACUAUGGAAAGAAAUGUGUGGUCAUUGACCUAGAUGAGACACUGGUGCACAGUUCAUUUAAGCCUAUCAGCAAUGCUGACUUCAUUGUUCCGGUUGAGAUCGAUGGGACUGUACAUCAGGUGUACGUGCUGAAGCGACCACACGUGGACGAGUUUCUCCAGAGGAUGGGGCAGCUCUUCGAGUGCGUGCUGUUUACUGCCAGCUUGGCCAAGUAUGCAGACCCUGUGGCUGACCUCCUUGACCGCUGGGGUGUGUUCCGGGCCAGGCUCUUCAGAGAAUCCUGUGUUUUCCAUCGGGGCAACUACGUGAAGGACCUGAGUCGCCUGGGGCGGGAGCUGAGCAAAGUGAUCAUUGUUGACAAUUCUCCCGCCUCCUACAUCUUCCAUCCAGAGAAUGCAGUGCCUGUGCAGUCCUGGUUCGACGACAUGACGGACACGGAGCUGCUGGACCUCAUCCCCUUCUUCGAGGGCCUGAGCCGGGAGGACGACGUGUACAGCAUGUUGCAUGGACUCUGCAGCAGCUGGAUACACGUGGAGCUGUUUGGGAAUUUUCACUGCUGCUACCGCGCUGCCACCAAAUGGAAUUGACCAGCGGCUGUGACACUGUUCUUUGCCACUGUGCCUAUGCUCAGAUACGUUCGUUGCUAAGCUGCAAACUUGGGACAGGGUUAGAAACAGGUGUCCCACCGCACUGCACACGGCACCAACCAUCACCCUUCCCUGGCCUGGGUCAGGAAUGCUGAAGGGUUGCAAGGCCAAAAAUAAAAAUAAAAGAAGCGGGGGGAGGGCAGAGCACCACCCAGGUGUGGCAUUCAUUUUAUACCACAGUCAACAUCAGAUCCUGUGAUAAGCUGACGGUUCUCGCUUGAGAGCCUGUGGUCUCGACCCAUCGCCAAGGUGAUGUGACCCAAGUCUUCCUCUUGGUCACCUCCCUGGAAACACAGCUAUUUGAGCCAGGGGUCAGAGAAGCCUGUCUUAGAUGUGAGUCCCAUCACUUCAAAAAUAAAAUUAAAUUAAAUUAAAAAAAACAGGGAGAAGAGCGCCUCCUGGGAGCCCAGCAGGGUCUCCUUGCAGCCUUUCCCAGUUUGGGGUCUUUUAUGCAGUGCCAUGUUCCUUGCUUGACAGCAUGACAGUCUGUGAAGGUUUGCUCUCCGGAAGAAGUGAGAAAAACCCUUUCGUGUUGGUACCAUUGCCUUACGUGGGACGGGCCUCAGCUGAGUUUUGGUGGGAGCGGCUGGCCCUCACAAGACUCAAAAUUGGGGAUCAAGGUUAAAAAUAAUUUUUUUUUUUUUUUUUGGUUUGCUCUUAUUCACAAAAUACUGAAGCUUGCCACCAGUCGUGUUCUCCCAAGCAGUGCUUUGGACUAUGGACCGCUGGGCGUUCGGAAGAGAAAUACUCUGAACGUUCCAAGCUCAGUAACCCCCAUGCCAGUUCAAACACGAGCAGCCCCUUGCUCGGCAUGACCGUGGGCAAUGACAGUGGCACGGUGGGUGUGCUCAUGCCGUAAACCUUCAUUUGGGAAACCAGUCGUUAAAUGACCCCACUGCCUUAAGUGUCUCGAAUGUCGCGGCGUCUGUCACGCUCCUGCUCGUCCACACACAGAACGAGGUCCUCCCUGGUGAGCGCCUCCUACACCUUCAUCCGGACUCCCUUCUGUGUUGGCAUCACAGGGCCUUUGUCUUCAGAAAAGUGGGCAGAGCACGGAUUGAAGUUCCAGAACGUGUCAGGGGAAGUGAACCUAGGAGUAGAGCUCCUCUUCACACAGCUCUGGGCUGGACCCGGCCUUCACCUCAUAGUCCUGGAACUGUAGGUUCCAGAGGGCAGAGCUGUUCCCGAGGGUGGUCAACUGCCACCAGACAGAACCUGUCCCCAGCACUGGGGAAAGCCUCUGAGACUUCUGGGAUCUGGGCACCUUAUUUGACCACACUCCAAAAAAAAAAAAAAAAAUGCCAUUUUCUUUUCCUUUUAGCCCUUAAUUCUGCUUUAUGUACAUAAUCCCAAAUUAAAUCUAUAUCUCUAUAUAUUUUUAAUCAUCUACAUGUAAAUGAAGCAAUAGCAUUCUAACAUAAGGCCAAGAAAUGAGAUGAAUGUCUGGGGUUUAUUUUCUUAAGGUAAAUACGGGUAUUGUUUCUAAUUGUUACCUUUUUAUUAAAUCAUGGGCUUGAAAACCUAAAGAAACCUAUUUGCUACUUCUCUGUGCCAUAUAUUUCCCAUGUUACCAAAACACAUCAAACUCUUUAGCCAAAAGAGAAAUCUGACCUCCCAAGUUAACAUGGUCCUCUCAGUAGGAGGUUAAAAUGGAUUUCUAGACAAGUGCUUUUGUUUUUUUACAUUAAGAGCUGAGACGGGAUCACUUGGGUUUGUGGACGCCAGCCCGUACGUAAGAUGCUGUGGUACCUCUUGUCAAGUCCCAAGUUGGGGGGGGCCCGCGCAACUCCCGACUCCUGAGUGUGUUAAUGCGCAGUCUUCCAUUUGCCCCGAAAUCCUUCGUGUGGGUCUGUGGUUUCACGCACUACUAGCUGUGUAUAAACAAUGCAUUUGUAUACUAAUAACAGUAAAUAAAUAAAACACCACCUGUCAUACGGAUGGCAGUCGGUGGGGACGCUCCUUUGACGUGGUGCGAAGUCAGUAAGCUAGAUGACUCUGGCGGGGGGAGGAAGCACGAGGGUGUCCACGUGACAAUAACUUGCCAUGGUUGCAGCCUUUGGGUAGGGGAAAAAAAAAAAACGAGCUCUGUACAUCUAUAACCUGGCGGCAUUUUUACCACCCUGUAUUUUAAAGGUGGAUUUCUAAUAAAAUACAGAAACACGCAA